AUGGCUCGCGAGUUCCGCUGCUUCCUUCUCAUUACAGCAGACAAAGCAAGCAAACGCCGUGAAGGCCUGUUGUUCAGACGUUACGUUACCGCCCUCGCCAAGUCGCCCCGACAAUGGUUUCGCAUGCGCGACACAGAUGCUUUGAUCCGUUUUACCAUGGGCGCAGCUCUGGUCUGUAACGAUCUCGAUGACGUAAACUAUACCGAAGAACAGUUCGAGGCUCUGGAUGAACUCGGCGCCACUCUCUACGACAGUGUAGCCUUCUACAAACACCGGUCCGAGGGCGAGACAGACUUUCAGAACUCCACGUUCGCAUACGCGCCUUCCGAUAUCCGUAUCAAGGCUUUCCACCAGUCCCGUGAGUUGCUCUGGGCUCUCGAUGUUGCUUGGGCGGGCAAGCGAGAACACAUGGUUAUAAUCAAUUUCCUAAGGUUUUUCGGUGGUCCUAUACACAUGAUGAUGCGUCGCUACCGGUUCAUCGAAGAUGGAAUGAUGAUCGGCCGGCCCGAGACUACCGCCGUCAUCACACAAGCACGCCAACAGUUCAAGCUCUGGAACCGCGUCGACAUGCAGGAUGGCGAUGCCAAGGACGUUGAGCGCUACAACCACUUAAUGGCGAGAAGUGAUGAGCUCAUGUUCGACGGCCUACGCGAGUUCCUCGACGCGAGCAACGACGGUACUUGUAAGGCCUGUCAGUACCGUGAGACACAUGGUGGGCAUACUUCUUUUUCGUUUGGUGGAAUAAAGCUAUGCGACGGCUGCAAGGAGUCUUGGGGUGCGUACGUCGAGUCUUUCUCAGCUCGGUUCGCGGAUGUGUUUCCGGAGAUCAAGAACGUGAUGACAACUUAA